UCUAUAUAUAAUAACUGUCAAUUGUCAUUGAUAUUGAUAAUUUGGAUUAAAUAAAAAUUUUAAAAAAGGGGUUAAAUUUUGGAUGAAAAAUCUGUGAACAUUAAAAAUAAAUUUUUAGACCGCACUGCCUUCUUCUAUGCAAAACUUAUGUGAUAAACAAUGAUUCCUUCAAGAAAUAUCCUUAGUUCUGUGUGUAGGGGAUUUAUGAAAAUAAAUAGGAGUUAUGCCACCAGGAAACGGUUUUACCGACGUGCAGACAUUAUUCAAAAUGAAAAUAAAUGGGAGGUUACCUUAGACCAUCGUCGGUUGAAAACUCCCAACGGUCAAGUUUUGACUGUAGAGACGGAACCACUUGCACGAGCUAUAGCAGUGGAAUGGGAUGCGCAACACGAAACUAUUACACAGCCGACCAUGCACUUGGUAUGUGUUUUUUUUUUCAAGCUUCGAAGGUGGGGUCGUGUACCGUGGGCGCAUGAGUUGAACCAAGCAGAGUUAACGUCACGUGUGGCUGCAUCUCUACUCAUUAUACAGAAUUCAACCGAACUUCAUUCUCAAAAAGCGAAAAAAUCACCAAGCGAAUAAAAUAUCAUAUUAUUGUAAUAAAAUUGAAUGUAGAAUUACUAGUAGUAAAUGUUUUGUUU